AUGUGCCACCGCACCAAUCUAGCAAGAGAAUCUUAUCAACUGGACAGCGUGGGGGCGCUUGUCAGCUCAAGUCAACUGGACACAGAACCCUAUGUCCUCUGGCGUGAAGCCAAUGUCCUAGGCGCUGUCUGGGCGUAUCGCACCCUCAAAAGGAUUAUGCUUGAUACCCUGGAGAAAGGUUUCCCGUCACAAGCAACUCGCUCGAAAGAAUCCCUCAUUCACGAUGAGCUGGCCGAAGUCGAUCCGCUGGAGAAGGCCGCCGCUGCCGAAGAAGCGGAAGUCGCUCGCAAGCGCACCAAGGCGCAGGAGCUCCUCAAGGCCAUCAAGGAUAAAGAGGAGGAGGAGAACAAAGACAAAGAUGAUGGUUAUUGCACUUUCUUCCUUGGUGAUCUACAGGCACUAGAUAAUGGGCUCCAAGGCAACGGUGUGUACCAUUUAGUCCGGCUAUCACAGUUCCCACUUUCUGACGAAAUCCCUUUGGAUAGAAUGCGCCUCUCAGAUACUCGUCGAAGCUCUACCGGCAUCCCGGUUCCUGGUGUCGAAGGCGCUUCCCAGGACAGUAAUGUGAGGUCACGAAGGCAGAGGGAGCCGAGAAUAUCCCUCUGCCGAAUCCGGUCUUCUCGAUUGUCAUUUUCUCACGCCCUCCCCUUUUCACAUAUGCCUCCUCAGUGGGGUAGAGUGUUAAUUCAAUUCAAGUACUCGCUGGCGGAUGAGGACUGGGAAGCAAAAGCUUGCCAGCAGUUCUUCGAGGCGGCCAGUGCACUAAUGCGUUGUGGCGCGCCAGAGCUUACCCUGACUGCCUACGUGCAACUCAGGGUUGUGGAUGGAGCCAGUGGCUCCGGAUCUGUGCAACUUGAAUUUGCUUUCAGCAAGACUCAACUCCAGGAUUGCCUGACAAGCCUUGCACCGGCAAUCAUGGACGAUAUCAAGGUGUUUCUUGUAUCCCUGUCUGGAGGUUCGACCUUGCAGGUGCAAAGGACUUCGGAGCCCACCCGUUCCAAUUCGCCCCUUCCUGUUGAGGAAGCUCCAUCUGAGACGCCUAACCCGGACUUGGACAUGGACCAGACGUCGCCCAGCUUCAGGUCUGCUCCUGGUGCCGCUGCCGCCUGUGCUGCUCCUGUCCCUGGUCAGCGGGGCGGUGCCUUGCUGUCAUCCCGCCUCUUCCUGCGCCUGCUGCUCUCCCUCCGGCCCAUUAUUGCUACCGGUGUCUCCAAGCCCCGCAUACCGCGCAACGGGUGUGCUCCCUGCUUACUUGGGCUAUUCUCCGGGCUCGCCACAACUGUUUGCAAUACUUGCCCAGCUCCGCGCUCAAACCGAUCGAUCAACAAGCUCUCAGCGUCGUUCUUCGAGACAGAGGUCUCGCACACGUUUAUCAAGACGUCACAGGAGACACCGCAAUCACGAUUAUGA